AAAGAAUGCUGUGGCAUGGAUGGCAACGAGACGAACUCGGAAUGAGCGAAGACAGUGUCGCGAGGCCCGCUGGGGCGUGCUGAUGAAAUGGAGGGACGUCAGUGGUGGUGGCGAUGGUCGCUAUUCUCUCGCCUUUUACUGUUUAUUUUCCUCCUCCUUCCCCUUGAGGCGUCACUGACAUCAUCUGACGAAACUGAAGUUGUGGUGAUGUACGAAGGAUGCGGUGACGCGGCCCACACAGGAAUGAUGCUUGCCUCGCCCACCACACACCUUCUGAGGCUUCCCUGCCGCGCUGCCUCCGUAUCAUCCCUGUCCACCACCGCCAGCGUUUCGUCGCACUCCUUUCCCGUGGUGGUGAUCGCCUCUUGCUCCGUAAUCAACACGGUCAUCUCCAGCCUUGCCACCAACGCCACGGUGGAAACAGGCCCCAUCUUUCCAGUGCCUUCUACCAGUCUGCUAGCCUGCCCCAUGGAGACCCAGACUGAGAUCGCCGCCGCCACGCCCGCCCUCCAUCCCGUAGAAAGAGUGUUGAAUGCCCUACUGUCCUGGAUGACCUAUCACUCCUGGAACACCCUCACUGUGUUGCAUGAUAGAUUCAUUGACCACGUUACCUUCACCUUCUUCAUGAAGAGGCUGCUGGCGGAGGGUGCUCGUCUUGGGGCUCGGCUUUCGUUUCGGGAAAUGUCCUCUGAUGCCACUAACGAGACGGUAGCGGAGGUGGUGGCAACAGUGGUGGAUGCCUGGCGGAAUAAUGGUGCCAACCACGUUACUGUCAUCGCCUCGGAGGAAACUAUUGUGCACCUCUUGCAUGUGAUCCCUGGAUUCGAGGUUGAGGACGGCGAGAGUGACUGCGACUGGCUAAUCUUCACCAGCAUGAAAGCCAACGUGCCGCGGGAGUACAAGCCCACUAAUGGCCACAAUGUGUUCUUCGCCGACACUCCGGUGCACAUGACGCUUGAGGAACGAAGUCGGGCAGCUGUGAAGAUGGCGAGAGAUUUUGUAGACACCUGUCAUGCCCCUCAGGCCCCUGACGUGACGGUGUAUGUGCGGAGGCCAGACUACGAAGCUGAGCUGGUGCCUAAAGUGACCCUUGGACGGCCUCGCCCUCGCCUUGUUCCCGCCUUCACGUGGACACCGCCGCCUGCACACCCCAGCUGGGCAUACGGUAGGAUACAGCAGCUGUCCUCCUACGAGCAGUAUCUCCUGUACGGCGCUCACCUCACCGUGGCCACCGUAGAGGGAAGCCCCUUCAUUGAACCGUUGGGCCAACCUAACUUAAAUGCCACUGACAGCGUGCACCAGGAGAGACCGGACCAUCUGCCGCCCCACAUCAACUGCAGCCAACCACGAAACUUCUCCGGGUUUCUUGUGGACAUGCUCAAGGUUAUCAGCAAAGAGAUGAAUUUCACUUUUGACUUAUAUGAAGUAUGCGACAAGGCGUAUGGGAGGGUGGAGGACGGGCGGUGGACGGGCGUAGUCGGGGAGGUGGUGAGGGGACACGCGCAUAUAGGACUGGCCAACCUCGGCGCCAACUACGGGCGCAGCCACGCCAUCGCCUUCCCUAGGAUCUCCACCAGCUACGGGGGCGCGGGUAUCAUCGUGCGCCGCCCCGAGAGUACCGCCAAGGACAGACUGACAGUAUACAUGCUCCCUUUUUCCUCCGGGGUGUGGGCUUUCCUCCUCGUGUCCAUCCCCAUUGCCUCCCUCGCCAUGUACCUCGCCACCAUCCCACGCCGUCGUCUUAACCGUCGCCUCCUGCGUCUGCUGUCGGCCUGGAGAGGAUAUGGUAGUGUGAGGAAGCCUUCACCGGUGCCGUCCUCCCCAGUCAAGAUCUUCGUCACCAGUGCGAGUGAGAAUGCAACCCGUACCCGCCUGUGGGAUGUAGACGUCAGUUGGUCCGCGCUCGUUUUGAGGGAGAAGGGAGAAGAGAAGAGUGAAGCAAAAGAAGAGGAAGAGGAAGAUGUGCCUUGCUCCUUCCUAGAUGGUCUCUGGUUUGCGUCCACCGUCCUUAUGCAACAAGGACAGGAGGUGGUACCCAACAGUGGUGUGGCCAGGGCGGUGUUCGGAGUGGUGUGGGUGUCGUCUGUCAUUCUGUACGCCGCCUACACCUCCAACCUGGUCUCCCACUUCACCGUCACCAGACUGUCUCUCCCUGUCAACAAUCUGGAGGAGCUGGUGAACAGUGACUACAAGUUUGGCACCAGACCGGGCUCAGUGUACAUCGAUAACUUCAAGGCUUCAGACACCGGGGUGUACCAGGCGGCCUCCCACAAGCUACAGUCAUUUGGCACCUCCGUCCUCAUGCCCACGUACGAGGAUGCCAUACGCAGAACACUUCAGGGAUCCUACGCCUUCAUCGGGGACUCAGUGGUACUGGACUACUACCAGCGGAAGGAUUGUGAUCUGGUGCUGCUGAAACAACGACUCUUCCCAACCAUGAGUUCCAUCGCCUUACCUCAUGGCUCUCCGCUCCUCCCCGCCUUCAACUACUACUUGUCCCUGAUGAGCGAGAGUGGUAUACUGGAGAAGCUGCGUCAAAAGUGGUGGAGUGCCCAGCCGUGCCCCUCCGCCGCCACCCUCACCGCCUACCACAGCAUUAGCAUGAUGGAGGUGUUCUCCGCCCUCGUGGUGAUGGGCGCUGGGUUGGCUGUGGCUCUCAUGGUGUGCUGCCUGGAGUGUGCACGCCCACCACGUCCGUGAUUACCUUUCCUACUGCCCUUCCCCACCACCACCACCACCUCUAUUCUUCUCGCCAUGGCUGUUGGCUAGCCGUCAAUUACAUCAUCAUCGACUAGAUAUAUUUUUCCUUAUAUAAUUCUGUACGUGAAUAGCGUUGGCGAUACUUUUAUUCAGUGCCUCUCCCUGUACAUCAACACGUGUACCAUUAUAAAUCAAUAAGCACGCACCACAUAGUUAUAAUGGAAGUAGGUAUACCACUUCAGUACAUACACUUAAGUCACGUCCGCCUCACUCUACCGGACAAGAUUAUUAUUAUUUUUGGUAAACGCUAUUUGCUUUGUAUUUUUAGGGUUCUUGCUACGCCCUACAACAUCUGAAACAUGGUGGAAAAGUGGAGUUUUUAGGUAGAGAAAGCUAAAAUAGAGCCAAAUAUCGUCUCAUCACCAGAAAAUUGGUAGAAAGCAACACUACUGUUGCUGCGGUUCUCUCUCUUAUUUACCGGUUUAGUUAUAGGUUAGGUUUAGUUAGGAUGUUAGCGGCAAGAUCAAAAUUAACGCAUGAACGCCUGGCCGCACGGCUCUUCCUAAUAUUUACCUUAUUUUUUCUUCUCUUCCGGUACAUUUAACACUAUACUCCAUUGUUAUGUACGUCGUUACUGUUACAUUUUGUAUCCGAUCUAUACGAUAACUUAUCCUGGUUCUUACACCUAGAUGCACGUCCAGCACGCCAGCCGCCACUUUCACAUCUACCUCCACUUUCAACACCAUCUCCUCUUCCAUGUCCUCAUACAAAGCGUUCUCGCCUCUUCGUCUCUGACUUUCUUCAUCACGUUAAAAAAAUUAUGUAUGCACUAAUGACACAUAAUUAAGGUGAUUUUUUUUCAACCAACAUUUCAUACCGAACUUGCUUGAAUCUCAUGAAGAACGUAGACUUGACUAUAGAAAAUUCUGAGAUAAUUUUUUCUAUGAAUUAUGUAAGAGUAGACAAAAAUACUGGUAUAGAUACAUGUAAAAAAUCAUGUGUUUAACUAUCAAAGGGUUAGGGAUAU